AAGAAAUCGUUGGAAAUGAAAUUAAAAUGGUUAGACGAAAAGGAUGCUCGUCUUGCAGAUAGUUAUUAUCAAAUUGGGCGCGUCUACUUCGACUUGUGCAAGCUUGACUUAUGUCGGACUAUAUCGGACAAGUCGCUGCAAAUUCGAUUGUCAGUCCUUGGUCACAAUCAUCCCGAUGUUGCCAACUCCUAUCACAACAUAGGAGAUGUCUAUAGAAGCCUAGGCAAGUACGAUCAGGCUCUGGGUAUGUAUAACAAGUCACUGCAAAUUAGAUUGUCAAUCCUUGGUCACAAUCAUCCUGAUGUUGCCAACUCAUAUAACAACAUAGGAGUUGUCUAUGAUCACCAAGGCAAGUCAGAUCAGGCUCUGGAUAUAUAUGACAAGUCACUGCAAAUUGGAUUGGCAGUCUUAGGUCACAAUCAUCCCUAUGUUGCGAAGUCAUAUAACAACAUAGGAGUUGUCUAUCAUCGCCAAGGCAAGUACGAUCAGGCUCUGGAUAUGUAUCACAAGUCACUGCAAAUUGGAUUGUCAGUCCUUGGUCACAAUCAUCCCUAUGUUGCCAACUCAUAUAAAAACAUAGGAGUUGUUUAUAGAAACCAAGGCAAGAACGAGCAGGCUCUUAAUAUGUAUGACAAGACGCUGCAAAUUCGAUUGUUAGUCCUUGGUCACAAUCAUCCCUAUGUUGCGAAGACAUAUGAUAAAAUAGGAGUUGUCUAUAGAAGCCAAGGCAAGUACGAUCAGGCUGUGGAUUUGCAUGACAAGUCAUUGCAAAUUCGAUUGUCAGUCCUUGGUCACAAUCAUCCCGAUGUCGCCAACUCAUAUAAAAAUAUAGCAGUUGUUUAUCAUUGCCAAGGCAAGUACGAUCAGGCUGUGGAUAUGUAUAAGAAGUCACUGUAUAUC